AUGACAUUUCUGGGACAUCUUGUUACUCCUGGUGGAAUCAAACCUGAUCCUGGGUUAACGUCAACAAUCGCAGCGUUUACUCAACCUACCACAAUUAAAGAUGUUCAGGCAUUUCUUGGCAUCACCGGCUAUUAUCAUCGAUUUAUAAAAAAUUACGCUAAAAUUGCCGAACCCCUUUUAAAAUUACUUCGCUCACAACAAACCACAACUACCCGUAGUCAACUCCCUUGGAAUGACGAUUGCACCAAUGCAUUCAAUACGUUAAAACAAAAGCUAAUUUCUCCUCCUAUUAUGCAUUCACCAAAUUUUUCCUUUCCGUUUAUUCUCAAACUGGAUGCUUGUGAAUAUGGUAUAGGAUGUAUAUUUACUCAAGAGUACAACGAUCGUAAAUAUGUUAUCUCAUACGCUAGUCGAACAUUGUGCACCGCUGAACGCAAUUAUAGUUCUGUCGAACGUGAAGCUCUCGCGAUUGUCUGGGCUACGAGACACUUUCGUCAGUAUUUAGAAGGUGCACCAGUUCUGGUCAGAUCAGAUUGUAAAGCUCUCGAAUGGUUAAAAACAGCCCGUGAUCCAACCUGUCGUCUUGCACGCCGGGCUAUGAAACUCUCACCGUAUCAUAUAAUCAUUCAACAUCGCCCAGGUAAAUCAAACCCCAAUGGGGAUUUCGUCUCUCGCUAUCCAGUCACCAACGUCGAUUCAAGUCCUUUCGAAGUGAAUUCCAUUGAUGUAGCACUCAAUAUUCUGGAAGGUACUAAUAUACUCGAGGAUAUUCGAGCUCAACAGCAGGCCGAUCCACGUCUCGCUCGAAUAAUCGCAACUCUGAAGGAACACCCGUCUAUGCCAUUUGGAGACAAACACGCACCGUACCUCCUCAUCAAUGACCUUCUCUACAGAGUCCGUCACAUCAACUCUCACAAUGAUCAACGUCUAUUAGGAAAUAAACGCCUUCUCGUCAUCCCUCAAUCACUACAACGUCAGAUUCUUACUUGGGCGCACGACCAUCCAACAGCAGGUCAUGCAGGACGUAUAAAAACACUUUUUCGUUUAUCUUCUCGCGUUUAUUGGCCUUUCAUGCGGAAAGACGUUUUUAGAUAUGUGCAGUCAUGUACAGAUUGUCAACAAUUCAAAUACAACAACACUCCGACACCAAUACCUAUGCAACUUCAUACUAUUACUCAACCUUGGCACACUAUCGGAAUUGAUAUCAUGGGACCCUUUCCACCAACACCUCGACAGAAAAGAUACCUUCUUGUUAUCGUCGAUUACUUUACCAGAUGGGUAGAAAUGUUUGCGUUACACUGA